AUGGCUACGCUCGAUAACGAGGCAGACGGCUGGGUCCGAAACGGAAAAGCUAUCCGUGCCACGCCCGCAUGUGACAACGUCGAUGUCAACGUAGUUUCCAUGCCUGUUGUAUUGAAUGUUGGCGGGAAGAAGUUCUAUACUUCACUCGAGACUCUGAGGAAGAACCCGGGUCCUCGAGACAGAAGCAUGCUCGCGGAGAUGAAUUUUGUGGAUGGCGAGGAAGUUUUCAUCGAUAGGGACCCUACUCAUUUUAUCUAUAUUUUAAAUUACCUUCGAGAUGGUAUGGUGAGUGUAAGUGGAAGUGGAGGUAUCCGUGCUCAGAUAAAGCGCGAGGCUCAGUUUUAUGGACUCGAGAGCCUUGUGCAGCACAUCGAGUGUCAAUCUCAGCACACGAUUGUGGAGACUCUUCCACGCGAAGUUUUCGAGAACCUUACGCCUGGUCCGUACUUUGCGAUACCCAUUCCUAGAAAUCAUCAUUGA